ACACACACACACACACACACACAGCUGCAGGUGCGGCACGUGCUCUAUUGUUGCCGCUUGAAAUCAGCACGCGGUCAAUAAACUCAUGUAAAACAGCGUCUCGAGCACAAAAUCUAGAAUCACCUGCAGCCCGGUGUGCACGCGCCACGUGCACGUUCUCUCAAAACCUGUGAUCAGACUUCAACAUGUAGGGCACUUACAGCCCACACACACACACACACACACACACACACAAGUGCUGUUAAAUUGAUCUGAGAUCUUAAAUAGUAUUAGAUGAAAUCACUGUAGUGGAUUGGGACUGAACCUGAAUUCUGAUAAUGUGAUUGGUCGUUGUUGGAUUUGGGACUGGACCCUGCAGUGCCCACCCGGGGGUGAGUGCAGUUCCAGUGGAGACUUCAGUGCAGUGUGUAUGAGAGGAAUUUCCGCUGUGAUUCUUCACCUGAUUGUUUGUUUGUUUGUUUCCACAUCAAUGGAAAAACAUGUUUUGAAGUUCAGAUGAAAAGCCGCUCCGCUUUGUUCUAAACCGCUUCACUCCCACGUGGGACGUGUUACGAGGCGACACCAUUCCGUCGACCUCAUUUACAUAUUCCAUCACUUCUAGCCAAUCAGAGUCGCGAGUGGUCUCUGGCCAAUCAGAGGCGAGCGCGAGGGGAAAGUCCUCACAGCUCUGCCGAGAAUCUGCGCGCGCUGAGUUUAUAAAGAGGAGCUGAUGGAGCGCGAGACAAAGAACUGCAGGGAGAGAAACAGGACUGAGAUCUCACUACUGCUCACUACAGCCCAAACAGCUCUAUACCACAGCUCCAUACAGGUCCAUACAGCAGCUCCAUACAGCUCCAUACAGCAGCUCCAUACCACAGCUCCAUACAGCAGCUCCAUACAGGUCCAUACAGCAGCUCCAUACAGCAGCUCCAUACCACAGCUCCAUACAGCUCCACACACACUUCUCUGUUGUGGAUUAUACACACAGCUGAUCUUUCAACAUGACUUUUGAGGAGAUUUGCAGACAAGAAAACAACACAGAAACCAGUGACAGUGUGCACAUGCACAGUGCAGGUCGGGUUCUGGAGGAGGUGCUGGUUUCGUCCAGACAGCAGGACUGGCUCACAGUGGGAGUGUACGAGUCUGCCAAAGUCAUGAACACGGACCCGGACAGUGUUGCACUGUGUGUCCUGGCCUCAGGUGAUCAGUACGAGUGGGACGUGGCGCUGCAGAUCCACUUCACCCUCAUCCAGGCUUUCUGCUUCGACUACGACAUCAACAUCGUGCACGUGAGUGACGUCGAGCAGCUCGCGCACAUCGUCUGUGGUGGUGAGGACACGAGUGACGGCGGGGACACACACUGCAUUCUGGUGACGAGGCCGAGUGAGGCGGCGUGGAAGGACGCAGGUCUGGAGAAGCUGGGUGUGUUCUGUGAGGAACGCAGGAGUGUGUGUGAGUGGGUUCCUACCGUCACACUCCCUGAGCGAUGAAGUGCACUAGCCGGCUGUGUCUCAAUUACAACAACCACAAAAUGGACGAGUGUCCUGGAUAACAAGUCGUCCUGCAUGAGAGGGGUUUCGUCUGGACCGAACCAGAACCGGAGCUGUGUGUGUGUGUGUGUGUGUGUGUCUGCGACAAGAUUACGGAGAGUAUGCUAGUGGACUAGUAUGGAUCUGAAAGGAUACUUGAUCUGCACCCUGCAUUGCAUGAUGGGACGGCUUGAGCUGAAGACAGAAUGGAUUGGAAGAGAAGUGAGACUUAAGGAACUGUUUGGGGAACUGUUAGAGGAACUGUUAGAGGAACUACUCGAGUGUUUCUAGAAGAAUAGCAGCAUGUGUGACAGAAGGAGAACCAGGAAGUGAAGUCCUUCUUGUCUUGUUUGGAUGGUUUUUCUGUCUGAAGGACGUUCAGAUCAUUGGAUUAGUCUGAACUUCACUUCCUGUUCUGGAUGGAUUCAUCUUGAUUUGAUUUAUUUUUGCUUUUUAUUUAUUUUUUCUUUAUUUAUUUUCUCUUUUAUUUCUUUGAAGACCUCUGUAAUGAAGUCGUGCUUUCAAAGCAAAUCUGAUUUUCCAUAAUAAAAAACUAAAAGAUCA